AUGUUAGAGCCCCUUCAGACGAAAAUAGAUGUUCUAACUCAGAACAUCUCAGUACAGAUGGAAGAAUUUAAAAGCCAGAUAGUUGAGAAUAAAAAAGAAAUUGUUAAACUAAAACAAGCGAAAAAUAUUACAGAUGAAAAUAUGGAGGUGAUGGACCAACAGAUGCAAGAACUUAACAAGAAAUUUGAAUCAGUAGAAGAAGCGCUGAUGACAUUAGAAUUCGAGAAGGCGGCAUACUUGCUGAGGCUACAGAACAUUCCUGAAAAUCAAGGAGAGAAUAUCAAGGAAGUUAUAACAGCUACCCUAGCAGAGACGAUGGGAAUAACAGAAGAGGAUAUGUCGCAAGAGAUAGAACUACUUGCUGCAUCUCUCUCCAAAGACUCCUUAGUGCCACUGGAGCCGGCGAGGGGAAGAGCCCUCCGCUGGCUGCUCCUUCGCUCAGUCAAGAUGGCGAUUCUCCUCCAGACCGUCUGGCCCGGGCUGCUGCUGGGCCUGGUGGUCCAGCCGGGGCAGGCGGUGGAAACCCUGUGCUCUGAGUUCUCUUGCUACACGAUGCACUGGGGGAGCCUCAGCUGGCCGGAGGCCCAGAAGAAGUGUCAAAACAAUGGGGGGAACCUGGCGACGCUGAAGAGCCCGGAGGAAGAGCAGCUGGUCGGGCAGCUCCUGUCGAGCACGCCUGGGCGGGGAGCCGGCUCUGAGGCGGAGGUAAGGCUGUGGAUCGGGCUCCAUCGGGAGAAGGGCAAAUGCUACCAGGGGCAUCGGCCGCUGAAGGGCUUCGCCUGGGUGGCAGGAGACCAAGAGGCCGAGUACUCGAACUGGGCCCAGGAGCCCCGGGAAACAUGCACGGCUCAGCGAUGCGUCACCCUCCAGGGGCCUCCCUUCCCGGCCGGGGGCCUGGCCUGGGUGGAUGGCCACUGCAGCCGGUCCACUCAGGGGGAGGCCGGCUACUUGUGCAAGUUCAGCUUCCAGGGGAUGUGCCGCCCGCUGGCACUGGCCGGGCCAGGGGCCGUCAAGUACACCACCCCCUUCGGCGUAGUCACCGCUUCCCUGCUAGCUGUGCCCUUCGGCUCCACGGCUGAAGUGGCGUGCGGACCACAGGGGGCAGAGGUGCCCGAUGCCUUCCUCGUGUGUAAGAUGCAAGCGAACACAAACGGCAACACCUUUGAAUGGAGCAGCCAGGGCCCGCUGUGCGCUUCGCCCAGCCAUGGGUGCAAGUACAGCAACGGGGGCUGUGAGCACCAGUGCCUGGAGCUGGGCGGGGGCCUCUUCCGGUGCACCUGCCGCUCAGGGUACCAGCUCGGAGGGGACCGUCUUUCCUGCAUCCCCGUGGACUACUGCAGCUCCAAUCCGUGCCAGGGGCAGUGUCUGCCACACACCGGUGGCUUCGACUGCCUCUGCCCUCCAGGUUACGUGUUGGCUGCCGACGGCCGGAACUGUGUGGACGUGGACGAAUGCGCUGCCCCUCUGAACCCUUGCCAGCAGAUCUGCGCUAACACUUUGGGCAGCUUCACGUGUCUCUGUCGCCCAGGCUACAGACUGGCCGAGGCAGAUGGGCAGACGUGUCAGGACGUUGACGAAUGUGCCGGGGUCAAGCCGUGCGCCCAACUUUGUGCGAACACUCAGGGCUCCUUCCUCUGCUCCUGCAAGCCGGGCUACCAGCUGGAGGGCAUCAAUAGCUCUUCUUGUCUGGACGUGGAUGAGUGCCAGGAAGAGCCUUGCGAGCACAUGUGCAAAAACCUCCCAGGCAGCUACCAGUGCUUUUGCCGGCCGGGUUGGAGACUGGACCCAAACGGGAUCUCCUGCCUCUUGGCUACCACCACCAGCACUUCCGCCCCACCUGUCCAAGGAGAACUGGGGGACCCAAUGGACAUUCGUCCUGGAUCCGAGCCACCGCUGCCUGACUCUUCGACCCAAGCAGAACAAGAAAGGAUCUCCGUCUCACAGGGUACCACUUUUCAACCAGAGGUGCCCAGCAGGCCACUAGAGGCUGAAGACCAGGCCGGAGACGAGAGCGCACAAACAAACACAGGCAGCUCCAAGCAACUCCUGUAUUAUAUUUUUGGUGGUGUCGCGGCUUUUGUCGUACUGCUGGCUUGUGUUCUAAUCUUGGUCAGCUACAGGAAAACGAAGGUCAAGAAAGCCAAAAAGGAAGUGAAGAGUGCGGCUGACAAUUACUCUUGGGUGCCAGAUCAGCGGGAGGCCAGGGCAGGAAGCAACGAGUACAUGUAAUCAGUAUUCCCUCUAAGCUGAGUUAGUGUGAGCUAGCUCACAGUUUUU